GUUGCAAAUUAGUUGCAAUUUAUGUUUGAAUGUUUGCACCCUUUAAAUUCAUCGCUCGAAUUGUGAAAGUUUUAGUAAUAUUAAUACCAAACAUGAGUUCAUCACUUACCAAAGAGAUGCGAAUUGCAACGCGUGAAAUUCAUAAGUUAUCAGAUGCAUUAGUUAAUGCAAAAUUAGCAUUCGCAUUAAAUAACUCAGAAGUAUGGGCUGAUGGACUUUUAGUAUUCUAUGAAGUAUUUAAAUUUCUUGAAGAGAAUGUUCCUCAGGAUAUUUUACCAGUUGAAUAUCAUCGAACACAACAAUUUGAAAAUGAUUUAGAAUUUUACAAAGGAAAUGACUGGAAGAAUGAAUACAAAAUCAGAGAAAGUGUUCAGAAAUAUCUGAGUCAUCUGAAUGAAAUUCAAGAAAGAAAUCCAAGGCUUUUAAUUGCUUACGUUUAUCAUCUUUACAUGGGACUCUUAUCAGGCGGUCAAAUACUUGCAAAGAAAAGGAGAAUUGCCAACAAGUUCAUGCAAAAGUUUAAUGAACAGAAAGAUGACACUGAUGAGAUUGCACCAGGCUCACAUCUUACAUCAUUUCCAAACAAGUCAAUUUUCGAAUUGAAAAAUAAUUUUCGACAAAAUAUCGACGAAGUUUCAAGUGACUUCAAUGAAAACUUGCGACAAGCAUUAAUUGAUGAAAGUCAUAAAGUUUUUGAGCUCAACAACGAAAUCAUUAAAAGUGUUGAAGGAGUUGAAGAGCAAUUGAAAAAGAAUUUGAGAAACUUUAUUGGUUGUUUGUUACUUGUAAUUUUCAGUCUUUAUUUGUUUGUUAAAAUGUGGAAGGUUUAGCUGAAAAAGUUUUAAUCUAAAAUAAACCUCAAACAUUUCGAAGUUCCAAGCAAUUAGGUGAUAAUAAUCGAAAUUGUAAUAAAAAAACUUAUUUUAUUCUUAUA